AUGGAGCACUACCUUGGGCUUCGCGUUGAACAGACAGAAGCAGGCAUUAAGCUAUCGCAGCCUGACUUCAUUGACAAGCUUUUGGACGAUGCAGGAAUGCCGGAUUGCUAUCCUGUUGCCACUCCGAUUGAACCGGGUCUGGUCAUUGACGAUUUGCAUGACCUGAGUAUUGACAAGAGACAAUAUCAGAGCGUAACGGGGUCAUUGCAGUGGCUUGCAUCCCAUACGCGACCUGAAAUCGCAAGAGUUCCAACAUUGUUGGCCCACUUCAACACUGUACCAACACAGAAGACUCUAUCCACACAACGGAGGGUUCUUCGAUAUCUGAAAGGCUCCAAACAACUUGGGAUAGUCUUCAGACCAGGCAGCGGAAUGUUGCCUCCACCAGUACUGUACACCGAUGCAGACUGGGGCGGUCCCCUUACACCGGGACGCCGUUCUUGUAGUGGGUACGUUAUGCUUCUAGCUGGCGGCCCGGUAUCUUGGCGAUCACACCUCCAGGCUUCUGUGGCUUUGAGCUCUAACAAAGCCGAGUAUAUGGCGGUCUCCGACGCUGCGAGAGAGGUCGAGUGGCUCACUAGGUUGGUGGCCGACAUGGGUUUAUAUGCGGCAGACGCCGAGCCCAUUACAUUUUACAUGGACAACAAGGGUGCCCAUGAUCUUGUUCGAACGUCAUUCAUUUCUAGGCGUUCCAAGCACGUUGAUAUUCGAUAUCAUUACGUCCGCGACAUUGCUGCCAGGGGUAUCAUCAACCCGACUCCAAUCGGCACGAGGGAUAUGGCAGCUGACGGUUUCACGAAGCCACUGGCUGAGGAAUCGUUCAAGAGAUUCGGGGGCCAGAUUGGGGUCUUCUGA